ACCACUUGCCGCCCUUCGGCGGAAAAAGCCGACGUCAUCGAGCGCUCUCAACCAAAAAAACAGCCGCAGCAGUGCCCAUCAACCCUCCCUAAAUCACGCAAAACAAAACAAAGGCGACUCCUGUGCUCAUUCGUAGUCUUGAUUGACCUCGACCAUGAGCCUACCGUCGGUGACGCUCUAAACGUUUCAAAGUGGCUUUCCCACCGCUCUCCUCCCAAGAUAUCAUCGCUCCUUUCCUCCCCUUCUCACACGCCUCGAUACGGUAACCGUUUCCCGAAAGCGAACAAAGAGACAGGAGGAGAAAGAGGGGGGCGGGCGAGGAGGGAGGACUCCACCCACUGUUGUAAAACUCGAUCCCUUUUGCCGUCUCCUUUCCCUCACGUGCCCCUGCCCAUCGGGAGGUGCGUCAGACGCAACCGAGCAUUUCAUCGAAUAUAUUCGACCCACCAAUCCCUCCACUGAGGGAGAAUGAAUGCUUCUAUGGCGAUGAGUGGAGAUGCAUUAAGGAGGAGGAGGACGUGGGGCGGGACGGGAAUGGGUCCCCGUUUGGAGAUCGAGGACGAUGAGAAGGACGCGGAGGAGCGGAAAUCAGUUGAGGCGUUUCGGGAGGCUUUGAUUGCCAGAGAUCUGCUGCCGGCUCGUUAUGAUGAUUACCAUACCAUGAGGAGAUUUUUGAAGGCAAGAGGGUUCAAUAUUGAGAAAACAAUACAUAUGUGGUCAGAAAUGCUCCAAUGGAGAGCAGACUUUGGUACAGAUUCUAUCCUACAAGACUUUGUGUUUGACGAACUGGAAGAGGUUCUUCGUUACUAUCCGCAUAAUUAUCAUGGUGUGGACAGAGAUGGUAGACCUGUUUAUAUUGAAAGGCUUGGGAGGGUCGAUCCAAGCAAACUUAUGAAGGUUACAACAGUUGAACGAUUUCUAAAAUACCAUGUUCAGGUGUUAGAGAAAGUUUUCACUGAGAAAUAUCCAGCAUGUUCACUUGCAGCCAAAAAGCAUAUUGAUACAAUGAUAACAAUUCUAGAUGUACAAGGAGUGAAUUGGAUGAGCGUUGGCAAAUUGGCUCAUGAUAUAGUCCUCCGCAUCAAUAAAAUUGAUAGUGAUAACUACCCUGAGAUAUUGCAUAAGAUGUUCAUUGUUAAUGCUGGCAAUGGUUUCAGAUUACUAUGGAGUGCUUUAAAAGGUUUCAUUGAUCCAAGGACAUCUGCAAAAAUACAGGUAUUAGGAGAUGCAUAUCGAACCACGUUACUUGAAUUUAUUGACAUGAGUCAACUGCCUGAUUUUCUUGGUGGCUCUUGCACUUGCACUAAUGAGGGAGGAUGUCUUAGAUCCAACAUGGGACCAUGGAAUGAUCCACAUGUAAUGAAUUUAGCUCGAUGUGCCCAGACAAGCUCAAGGAAGAGAACCAGUCUAUCUGGUGAAGAAUUGACCACCCCGAAUUCAGUGCCAGAAGUCAUCACUCGGUUGGAACCAGAUUUCCCUGAUACUGCCCCUUUAACAGGAUUAAGUCGUUCAUUUGCCGUUCAGUCAACUCCAGCUUGUGAAAAUAUUAAGAUUGAUGAACAUGAGGCUUCCAUCAGCUUGACUAGUCAACCGGAAGUCAAUAACAGAAUUGGAGGUGCUUCAUCUGAUAAUUCUAUGCCUGAGAAUUCAUCAACCAAGUUCCUUACGCUAAUGCGAGCAUUGACUCGCUUCAUCAUGAAACUGCUAGCAAUUUUACUUAUACUUUUUGGGCUGAGAAAUGUGGCCUUUCAUCAAGUGGAUGUGAGGAUAUGGGACCAUCAUAGAAUGGAUUCUGCAAAUGCAAAUCCUACCAACCACCUUGCCUCGCAUGAUGCCAAGCGAGAUGCCGUCCUUUCAUGCUUGGAUAGGCUGCAGAGGUUAGAAGAACUGGUAGUUGAGUUAAAUACAAAGCCUAAGAAGAUUCCUGCAGAAAAGGAAAUCAUGAUUCUAGAAUCACUGAAUAGAAUCAAAUCCAUAGAGUAUGAUUUACAAAAGACAAAGGAUGCAUUGAAUGCCACUUCAUUGAGGCAAGUAGAGUUGGCGGAGUCGCUGGAGAAUUUAAAAGAGACCAGCUUACAUAGGAAUUCAUGCUGGUUUAAGGAUUGCAAGUCUCUUCAACAAAGAACUUAAACAGUCUGUCUGACAGAGUAUACCAUUUGCGAUCCUUGUGUGAUGUGCAUCCAUUACUGCACUAACGAGAAUCCUGACUUAUUUCUUUAUUUUUGCCAGAGGAAUAUCUGGAUUAUCUCGUUUCCAUCAUAGCUAGUCUGCAACAACUAUUCUAUAGUAAGCAAAACUUGUUCUUUAGAGAGUUGCGAAGGCUCUUUUGUUUAUGAAUUGAUGCUUUAAAACUCUCAAAUACGUAUCACAUACAAAUCAUUGUAUUUUGUUGUAUAGCUGGAUAGAAAAUAUUGAAAUUUUAUUUAUUUUAAAACAUGCUGAGAACUAUUGUCUAGUGCAGUGGUAAAGUUAUUAGAGGUUGGUACAAAUUAUCUGGGUUGAAUUCCUGCAUUUUCACCUGA